GGGAGAGUCCGGUGGGUGAAGAGCAGUCAGCGCACUGACCGCAACGUCCUUUUAAGAACAGCACACCGAGACUCCAUCGAAAAAUGCCCUCAUAAGCGUUCCACUUUCCCGGGCACGGCUCAGUUUUCGGCGUCCUCAAGUCCUGUCGGAUCUACUGUACAUCACGUCGACUUUCAGUGACCGGCGGACAUGACUUUUGUCGGGAUGUUUUGGAUGUGAACAUGGAGUUUUCCUCCCCUCCGGUGGUGGACGCGUUACUGCCUCUCCUCCGCCGGUCCAGUCGUCCCAGCUCCGCUCACUGGUUUCCAGCCGCCCGGCAGGUGAGCAGGUCGGGGCCAGCGGAGACCCGGUGGGCGGGUCUGGAGUCCCAGGAGCCCGCAGGUUCACUCCUCCCUGGACAGCAGAGCACCUGACAGGCAGCUCCAUGCUGUCCCCCCUCUAUCAGGACCAUGGCGGUUCGGUGGUGUGGCCACAGACCUCGUCCUGUUCCUCGUCCUCUCAGGGCCUCCACCGGCCGUUGCGCUGCCACCCUCCACCAAUCAGCGGGAGCAGCGUGGGCCCAAACCCCACAUACUAUCAUGCUGUGUAUGACAUCCGGGUGGAGCAGUACCAAGACGUGCCCUUCAGCGAUGGAGGCGGCAGCUAUGGGGUUCGCUCCAGCCGGGGCUCCAUGUCCUUCGUUACCAGCAACAGCGACCCCACAGUCCCACUCAUCCGUCGCAGGGGAGGACUGGUGGAUUACCGGGAUGUCAUCCUGGCCCACCAAGCACACAAGCUGCACAACACACCGCAGGCCAGGAGGAAGCAGUGGGAAAUGGCACGUUUUGGAGACGAGCUACCCAACAGGUAUGGAGGAGGAGGAGGUGGUGGUGGCGGUGGUGGCGGGGGUGCCGGCGGACAAGGGGGGCCUGGCCGUGGCGGCAGCAGGCAAGGGGGGCCCCCCGGAGCGCAGCGGAUGUACAAGCAGUCGAUGGCCCAGAGAGCCCGGACCAUGGCCCUGUACAACCCCAUACCCGUCCGGCAGAGCUGCCUAACGGUCAACCGCUCCCUCUUCCUCUUCAGCGAAGACAACGUGGUGAGGAAGUACGCCAAAAAGAUCACUGAAUGGCCAUAUCCUUUCAUAAUCUGUGCCAGAGACGACCACGAUCCCGAGGUACUGUGCAUGGUGGAGUGUUUGCUGGAGUGGUGGGCUAGGUGUGGCCUAGUGUGGAGUGGUUUGGUGCUGAAUGAGCCAAAACAUGCAGGGUGAAAGUUGUGGUUGGUGAUGUGUUUCAGGAAUGAUAUGUGAUAUGUUUUCUUGUCUUUUUUCCCCACUACUGUGAAAAGUGUUUCUCUCAAACUACAUGGAAUAUGUGCUGUGCAGUGUGCUGCUGAAUGAUACAUGACAGAACACAUGACCCAGUGCCUCUCCCUCUGGCUCUGCUGUCCAAACCUCAUCUGAUAAUUCCUCCACUGAUGGAAUGAAACAUGAUGUUGACAAGGAUGGUGGUUGUCCUGAUUCCAGCAGUCACAGUCAUGAAUGCAACAUUUAGCUCAAACCUGUUUGUGACCCUAGUGUGUGUGUGUGUGUGUGUGUGUGUGUGUGUGUGUGUGUGUGUGUGUGUGUGUGUGUGUGUGUGUGUGUGUGUGUGUGUUCCAUUGCUGGAGUCAGCUGAGUGCUGAUGUCAGCAUUAUGAAGACUUAAGCACCAUGCAACCAGAAGGGAGAGGAAAUGACUCUCUCCCACUCUCUCUCUCUCUAAUUACUACCGACCCUAUAUGGUGGCCUAUGGCUCAUCCAACAGGACAGCAGUGGAAAAAGCUGUAGCUGUCAGGACAGGUCAGUCUACUGCUGUAAGAACACUCUUAUCAGGCCCAGGAGUACAUCUUGAGUGAAACAAGUAAAAUCUAAUGUGCUGUGGACCUUUGAG